AUGAGAGGCGCACCCGUUCUUAUUCUUAACCAAAACACUAAACGUGAACAUGGCAAGACUGUUCAAUUUGGGAAUAUUGAAGCAGGGAGGGCUGUAGCAGACGUAAUACGAACCUGCUUGGGUCCUCGUGCGAUGCUGAAGAUGCUUUUGGACCCAAUGGGUAGUAUCGUUAUGACAAAUGAUGGCAAUGCUAUUCUACGUGAAAUCACUGUCGAACACCCAGCCGCAAAAUCAAUGAUUGAAAUUGCUAGAACCCAAGAUGAGGAAGUUGGCGAUGGUACUACUUCUGUCAUAGUCUUAGCUGGCGAAGUGUUAUCUGCGGCUGCUCCCUGCUUGGAAAAGCAAAUCCAUCCAACGAAAAUCAUCGCUGCAUUCCGUCAAGCACUGGAAGAUAUCAAUACUGCUAUUGACACCAAGUUUAAUAUUCCUAUCGAUGUGAACAGCCAUGAAGCCAUGGUAAAUCUCGUCAAAAGCUGCGUUGGGACAAAGAUUAUUAAUAAAUGGGUUGAUUUGGCCUGUAAACUGGCUAUUAACUCCGUGAAAUGCGUAACUAUUGUAAACGGGAAGAGGAAAGAAAUUGACAUUAAACGCUAUGCCAAAGUUGAAAAGAUUCCUGGUGGAUCUAUUGAAGAUUCAUGUGUUCUCGAUGGUGUAAUGUUUAAUAAGGAUAUCUUGCACCCUAAGAUGCGUCGUCGUAUUGAAAGUCCACGCAUUUUGUUGCUUGAUUGCAGUUUAGAGUACAAAAAGGGCGAAAGCCAAACAGCAAUGGAAAUCUCUGGUGAAAAGGACUUCACUCGUGCGCUCGAAAUCGAGGAAGAAUGCAUUAACAAAAUGUGCGAGGAUAUUAUUCGUCACAAACCCGAUGUUGUUAUCACUGAAAAGGGCGUCAGUGAUCUUGCUCAGCAUUUUCUUGUCAAGGCUGGAAUUUCUGUCAUUCGUCGUCUUCGUAAAACUGAUUGCCUUCGUAUUGGUCGCUGCACCGGUGCAACUAUAGUUAGUCGCACUGAAGAGAUUAAGGAAGAGGAUAUUGGAACAGGCGCUGGUCUUUUUGAAAUUAAGCUUAUUGGUGAUGAAUAUUUCACUUUUAUCACUGGUUGUAAGGAACCGAAGGCUUGCACUAUUCUUCUACGUGGUGCUAGCAAGGACGUUCUAAAUGAAAUUGAAAGAAAUCUUCAGGAUGCUAUGUCUGUUGUUCGUAGUGCAUUUAUGGACCCAAGACUAGUUCCUGGUGGUGGUGCCCUUGAAAUGGCACUUGCACAAGAACUUAGUCAAAAGGCCAAAUCAGCUGUUUCUGGUGUGCAAAAGGUUGCUUAUCUGGCUGUAUCACAUGCUCUGGAAGUUAUUCCAAGAACUUUAGCUCAAAACUGUGGUGCCAAUGUGCUGAAACAGGUGACUGAGUUAAGGGCAUAUCAUGCCAUUGAUCCAAUUAAGAAUUGGACUAUGGGAAUUAAUGGGGAGACUGGUCAACUGGUGGAUAUGAAGGAACUAAGUAUUUGGGACCCGGUUGCUGUGAAGUCUCAAACAUUCAAGACUGCCAUUGAGACUGCUAUUCUGCUUCUGAGAAUUGAUGAUAUCGUAUCUGGUACAAAGAAGGCUUCUGACACUACUCGAUCUCAACUCCUGCCUUCAUAA